AUAAUAUUAAUAACAACAAUGUUAUCAUUAUUACAAUCAAUCCAAUUGUUUGUAAUAGCUAUAGUUAUAGCUAUAUUAGGUGUCAGUCACGGCCAGGAUGUCAGCCAAAGUUGUCUUCAAUGUAUUUGUAAGGCCAGCUCCGGGUGCAAACUAAACACCAAAUGUCAUAAUAGUGGACCAAAUGCCUACUUUUGCGGUCCCUAUCAGAUCUCCUGGGCGUAUUGGUCAGAUGCGGGUAAACCGGGAAAUACUGGCCAUUCAAAUGAUUUUGAAAACUGUCUAAACGAUAAACUAUGCGCUGAGGUUGCGGUCAAAGGUUAUAUGAGUAAAUGGCAAACGGAUUGCAAUAAUGAUGGUGUUAUCGAUUGUCUCGAUUUUGCGGCCAUUCAUAAGGCCGGUGCCAGCUCAUGUAAUCAACAAUGGCUUUACAAUAGUCAAUAUUGGCAAGUAUUUCGCCAGUGCCAUAUUUCAAGCACCGGUAGUAACACUGACUAUCCUACUCGGCCUCAGUCGUCGUGGAACAAUCAACCACAACAACCUCCUCGGCCCAGACCGACAGUCCCACCCCAACAACACCCACCAUCACCACCUCAACAUCAGCCAUGGGAUAACAACAGCCCACAACCUCAACCUACUGUUCCCGUAAACAACCCACCAUCAUACAAUGAUCAGCCGCAACCUGACGAUGCAAUUGUUCAGCCCUACCCACCCGAGCCCAGUGUUGAUGUCCAGCCCUACAAUCAACCCGAACAGCCGGUAGCACCCGAUGGCGGCGGCAGUCCCGCAUGGGAUGGUCAACCAGUGGACAGUCGUCCAUACUAUGAACAGCCUCAACCACCACCAUCACCAUCAUCACCAUCACUACAACCUAACGAACAGCCAUACAUAGACCCGUGGGAUCAGCCAUACCAACCGGACUAUCCAUCCAAUGAUAACUACUCGCAACCGGCGGCGGGGGCGGCGUCGCCACCGGGCGUUACCGAACCGGAUCCAUGGGAUGAGGUAUCCCGAGCUGUCGAUGAAGUAGUAGAUCAACCGUAUGGUGGAGGAGGAACAACACCUAAUAGGCCAGUGCCAACACAGCCGGCACUGAUACCGGGAGGUAGAGCACCGGUACAACCGGUUAGUUGGUCUCAACCACCGCAGCCGUCAGCUUACGACUAUAACAAUAAUAACAAUUUUGGUCAACCAUUUAAACCUCCUCCACCUCCUCCUCGGCCAACAAUAGUAGAGCCGUCACAGCCAUUACCAGUGGAAGCGCCUACUAAUGCAUCGGUCGAUGAUAGAUGUCUUGAUUGUAUUUGUCAGGCGAGCAGUGAUUGCGAUCUCAAUAAACAAUGUGAAGGAUCAUAUUGCGGGCCAUACCUAAUAAGCUGGGCCUACUGGGCCGAUGCUGGACAACCUGGAGGAGAUUAUGCUACCUGUGCCAACAAUAGGGCCUGUGCCGAAAAUACAGUCAGAGGAUAUAUGUCUAAAUGGCAAUCGGAUUGCGAUGGAAACGGCUAUAUUGAUUGCGACGAUUUUGUACGGAUUCAUAGAUCAGGUCCACAUUCAUGCAAUGCUGAAUCAAUUCAAACUACCGACUAUUGGAAAUCCUAUCAGUCCUGUAAAAGUCCGCCUAUAGAAGCUAGAAGACUGGAUACUCCUACCAACUCCCGGUCCACUCGGGACUCGCUGACCGGUCGUAGUGUACCUCAAUCGCCUCCCGGUGCCAAUCUAUUCCUGGAAUAUCCCAAUCCCGUACCCAACAAUAGGCAUAAUAAUAAUAAUAACUAUAAUCCUCUACCGCCCAACCAUUACGCUAGAGAUUCGCGCAUAACGUUCCCCCGAAACGACGCCCAACCAGCGGCACAGCCAGCAGCGGCUAACCAACCGAACCGUUAUGAGCCCACAGCUGGUAGUGGUCACAUACCGGUGCCGCCGAUCAGCAGCCAACCAGUGGUGGCCAACAAUUACAGUACGGAUAGGGCUCUGGAGUCUAUUGGCUUACAACGCGAUUGUUUGGACUGUAUAUGUCAAGCCAGCAGUAAAUGCAAUCAGGGAAUCGGCUGCCAAAAUGACGGUUCGGGUAACGGUUAUGUGUGCGGACCCUAUCAAAUGAACUGGGCUUAUUGGUCAGAUGCCGAUAAGCCGGGUAUUCGGGGUAAUCUGGAAAACUUGGAAAACUACCAGAGCUGUCUAACUAAUAAGGCCUGUUCGGAGUCAGCCAUCUACGGGUAUAUGAAAAAACAUCGGCGCGACUGCAAUGAGGACCAGCGUAUCGACUGUUUCGAUAUGGCGGCCAUACAUAUGGCCGGUCCGACCAAUUGUAAUGCCCAAUGGUUUUACGAGUCCCAGUAUUGGUCCGAUUUUCGCGAGUGUUUUGAUUUUAGGCGACGCAAGUAAUUGUUAUAAUAAUAAU